AUGUCGAUAUCACUCCGAGGCUACCCCGGGAAACGGAAGAAAACGCAGAUUUUGAGAACCGUGAAAAUCCAGCAGCCUCGCCCCAAAUCCAUGUCCAGGUCAUUUAAUGGGUGUAAACGGUGCAAAGCCAGACGACAGAAAUGUGACGAACAGCGACCUAGCUGCGGUCGUUGUCAAGCGGCCGGGGUGCAGUGUCGAUAUGCGAUGCAGCUACAGUGGGGAGGACGGACUUUUUCGCGGUCGAGGUUAGGAGCCUGUAUGAGCAAUGGAGGGUUGCAGAAGCUUGCGCUCUCUCCACGUGUGGAUCCUUUUGCUUCUCUGUCUCCUGAUCAAAAGUCGUUGCUUCAUCAUUUUAUUCAGGAUGCGUCGCAAAUCACAGCAUGCCACUCGAGCAUGCAAAAGGAUAUCUGCAAGAUGCUCGUCCCAAUGGCCCUCCAGACCCCGUCGUUAUUAUAUGCUACAAUGGCGCUGUCGGCGAUCCACCUACAAGCACUAAACAAUCAGUCGGAAAACGUCAAGUCUGCCCCGCAUAUUGCCCGGUUAAUGGCCCUCAGUCUCGAGCACUUUCGGAAUGAACUGCAGACCCCAAGCACCAAGAGAUCGGAUGCGCUGCUCGCAACGGCACGCACGCUCUGUUUAGCGGAGAUUCAUUCCGGAGCAAUCCAUCCGAACUCGUGGCGAGCCCAUGUUGAGGGUGCAAAGGCUCUUAUGCUUGCUACGAAUCACAAGGGGAAUGAAUCACCGGGUUCGUCGCAGGGUUUCCGUCGGUACUUGGACCGGUGGUACCAAUCGAUUGUGUCCCUGACUGCACUGACGGGGAAUGGGCCACCUAUCGAAGAGUCUAUGGGACAGUCAGCCUCCGAGAUCAUCCGCCAACAAGACGCACCGGACUAUCUCGACGACUACUGGGGUUUCACAGUAAACUUGUCGGCCGUCUUCCGUGCAAUCGGGGCGGCAGCCUGGCGAAGUCAGCACGAGAGACAAAGAACAGGGUUGAUAUCGGACGACACCGAUAUGGCCAGUGCACAGGAGGCGGCCAUCCUCGAGUCCUCUGUCCGGACGCUGAUGGCCCGGGACGCAAGUUCGCAGCCUACAUUCUACCCAGGCGUCGCUGAGGGCCUCUCGGCCGAAUGCGUGCGGGAAUUCAUGCUCUGCAACGAGGCGUUCCAGCACAGUGCGCUCAUCCAAAUCAACCGACGACUCCGGAGACUGCCCGCCUCCUCCCCCCUCGUACAGCACUCCGUCAAGCGGAUUCUGGAGUGCACGGCGCAGAUUGGGCCAUCUACGGGGCUGAGCCCGUGGACGAUGCUCACAACCCCGUUGUUCAUUGCGGGCUGUGAGGCGCAGGGUGAGGAUCGCGAGAGGGUCCGGCAGUUGCUUUCUUUGUUGCACGAUACCAUCCGUGUGCCGAAUGUGCUUCAGUCAUUGAAGUUCCUGGAACAGUAUUGGGCUGACCAGUUGAAUGAGGAUGAGGGCUGGAGUCAAUAUCUAGGUAGGUUGCUUCUUUCUUGGGAUGUGAGCGAAGCUAACAUGGCCCAGAUCGAAUGA